ACCUUAUCCACGUGGUCGCUGUUGUUAUGGGCACAAAUAGGACACCAUCUCCUGCUUGCUGUGUGUCCUAUGUCUACUGUCACUGAGCUGUUCACUAGGUCAGGGGUCCGUCAGAGAGUGGGGGGAGUAUCAGAGCAUCCUGUCAGGACGAACAGCGACUACAACAGGCUCAGAUCCAUCAACCUACUACCAGGUGCUGACAUUGUGAUCUUCCUGCCUCUGCAGAUGAGCCUCUAUUUCAAUGCUUUCUACUCUCCACUCUGGCUGGUUACCUUGGUGGUGACACUGCAGACCAAGUAUGCUGUGCUGGCCACCCACUAUCAGUUUGCCACCAUACUCAUCUAUAUUGUCAUGGUCAUCGUCGAGACAGCCAGGCUUUACCUCGGUUACCAAGGAAACCUCAGGGAGAAGAUACCUGAGUUGACUGGUUUCUGGCUGCUGACUCUCCUACAGACUCCUCUCACUCUCUACCUCCUGGUCAACAUGGACGCGGUGAUCCUGCCCCUAGAGAGAGCUGUCAACAUCGUACUCUUGCUGUUCCUAUUAGCACAGCUUCUGUUGGGCCUCAGGGCAUUGCAACUCAUGGUCAAAGCCCAAGCUGUCAAGUUCCAUCUGAGCCAGUUUAGCUCGCUAAGAGAUGAGACAGUGACAAACUGACUAACUCUUAGGUACGUUGUGUUAGUAUAUCCUCUCAUUUCAAAUCCACCUUUCUUUGAUUCUGUUAUUAUUGCCAAAAAACAUUUGUUGCAUAAA